UUUAAUCAGUGACGUUUAUCUUACAACUUACAAGGGAUCGUUUGAUUCCCGUUUAAUUCAAGAUAACCGAACCAGACUGGAAUCCAUGUUGAUAUAUAAGUCAAUUUUCAUUAUAUCACAAUCAUAAGCAGCCCUAUAUUAACCUACAUAUCUCUCUAUCAAGUCCAUUCCCUAUUAUAGUGUACCAUACCGACGCAAUGUCUGUCGAAGUACUCACAACCAUCUCGCCUACUACAAACGAGCCGAUAUUGACUCGCAAUGGCGUCACGGUGGCUGAGUUAGAAGAGAUCCCUAAGAUCGCCGCCGAGAGAUUCCAGAAUUGGCGGCAGACCUCGUUGAAGGACCGUCAGGCCAUAGUUAAGAAAGCGUUGAAACUACUGGAGAAGAAAAAGGAUGCUCUUGCUGAGGAGCUUACCGUCCAAAUGGGACGACCUAUUGCUUACACCGGUGUUGAAAUCACAACGGCCAUCAAACGUGCAGACUACCUCGUCAAGAUCAGUGAAGAAACACUGAAGGACACCGAUGGCGAGCCUGAGAAAGGAUUCAAGCGAUUCAUUCGAAAAGUCCCUGUUGGCCCUGUCCUCAUCAUCUUCGCCUGGAACUACCCUUACUUGAUCCUUGUCAACUCACUUAUUCCAGCCCUACUUGCUGGUAAUACUGUCAUUCUUAAGCCUUCCCCGCAGACCCCUACGAUAGUAGAACAGGUCGCCAAAGUCUUUGCGGAGGCGGGCCUACCCGCUGGUGUCUUGCAGUAUUUCCACUGCGGGUCGCCGAUGAUCAUGGAAUCCAUGGUACGGGAUCCGAACGUAUCUCUAAUCUGCUUCACCGGUUCGGUGGCGGGAGGUUUGUCGGUCCAAAAGGCCGCCUCUGAUCGAAUUGUCAAUGUUAGCCUGGAACUCGGCGGUAAAGAUCCCGCGUACGUCAGGGGAGAUGUAGACUUGGACUGGGCAGCUGCUGAGAUUGUCGACGGAUCCAUUUUCAACUCGGGUCAAAGUUGUUGUGCCAUUGAACGUGUUUACGUCGACGAGAAGAUUUACGACCCUUUCAUCGAAGCAGUCCAAAAGGUCUUGAAGGACUACAAGGUUGGCGAUCCUCUACAAAAGGAGACCCAGAUUGGACCGGUCAUUUCGAAGCGGUCUAAGGAAACUAUCGAGUCGCAUAUUCAGGAUGCUUUAAGCAAAGGCGCAAAAGACGCAACACCGGAGAACCCGACAUUCUCGAGUCUCCCAGAGAAGGGAAACUUUGUCAAGCCAACGCUCCUUAUUGAUGUCAACCAUAGCAUGACUGUCAUGACAGAAGAGACGUUCGGGCCCGUUAUUCCCAUCAUGAAAGUUAAGUCCGAUGAAGAAGCCGUAUCACUAAUGAACGAUAGCGAAUUCGGCCUUACAGCUAGCAUAUGGACUAAAGAUACAGCUAAAGGCUAUGAGUUGGCGGACCAAGUCGAAGCAGGAACCGUCUUUGUCAACCGUGCAGAUUACCCCAGUCCCGAUCUGGCGUGGACGGGUUGGAAGAACUCGGGCAAGGGCGUGACUCUAAGUCGAUUUGGGUUCGACCAGUUCGUGAAGCUAAAGAGCUAUCAUUUGAAGGAUUACCCGAAAUAGAAUGGAAAUGGGAAUCAAUCAUAAGCAGGGUUUAGAGAAUCGCUCUGGAACGAUUACGCCAUUUAUUUUCCUUGGGCUACUUGGACGGGGGUUGUGUAAACCUAUCGGAAGAUUGUGCGUGGAAAACUAUGCCGUCCCGGCGAUCCGUCAUGCCUGUUUCAUGUAACCUCAGACAAGGGAUAAUAUUAUGCGAGCUCAAAAUAUAUAUUAGGCACGGAAUGCACGUGUAAGUAUGUAAGAAUAAUUAACUGUAACUAUGUAUUAACUUUAACUACCUAUGUAUUAACUUUAACUAUCAGGUAGUUAAUGUUUUUCGCGCUUUGAAAACAUCGCCCACACACUGACUACCUCCUAGAUGGGUGCAUAUUCUCUUUUCUUUCAGAUAGGUAUUAUCACCGGUAAAAGGCAUGGUAUUGCUGGAACUCGUGUGUACGACUCUCAAAUUGCUCGAC